AGCACCGCGCAUGCGUCAAGUUGCCAGUUUUGCUCGAGUGACGUCAGAAGCAGUAUGGCGGCCAAGGUGCAGUCUACCAAAAGGGCUGACCCCAACGAGCUCAAAAGCAUCUUCCAAAAGUAUGCCAGCGUUGUGGAUAAAGAUGGUGAGCGCUUUAUGACCCCCACUGACUUUGUGCAGAAGUAUUUGGGCCUCCAUACACAGAUCCAUCACAACCCCAAAACUGUGCAGCUGCUCGCUGGAGUGGCAGACACCACCAAGGAUGGGCUGAUUUCAUUCCAGGAGUUUUUGGCCUUUGAGUCUAUUCUCUGUGUGCCAGAUGCCCUCUUCAUUGUGGCCUUCCAACUGUUCGAUAAAACCGGGACCGGAGACAUCUCCUUCGAAAAUGUGCGUGAUAUAUUCAGCCAAACAACGGUGCAUCACCACAUCCCCUUUAACUGGGACUGUGAGUUCAUCCGCCUUCACUUCGGCCAUGACCGAACCAAACACCUCAGCUACCUGGAGUUCACCCAGUUCCUACAGGAGCUGCAGUUGGAGCAUGCCCGGCAGGCAUUUGCACAGAAGGACAAAGCCAAAACCGGGACGAUCUCUGCCUUGGACUUCAGUGACAUCAUGUCCACCAUCAGACACCACAUGCUGACCCCAUUUGUUGAGGAAAAUCUUGUCUCAGCAGCAGGAAGCGGGACCUCUCACAUGGUCAGCUUCUCCUACUUUAACGCCUUUAACUCACUCCUCAACAACAUGGAACUCAUUCGAAAAAUCUACAGCACGCUCGCCGGCAGCCGCAAAGACACACUCCUCACUAAAGAGGAGUUUGUCCAUGCUGCCAAUAAGUUUGGUCAGAUCACUCCUAUGGAGAUCGACAUCCUGUAUCAGCUCUCUGGCCUCCACUCCCAGACUGGGCGUCUGAACCUGGCUGAUAUUGAUCGGAUAGCUCCUCUGGAGGAGGGCGCGUUGCCUUAUCACCUAGCAGAGGCGCAGAAACAGAUCCACGGUGAUGCGGCUCGUCCUGUGUGGCUCCAAGCUGCUGAGUCAGCAUAUCGCUUCACCCUAGGCUCUAUUGCUGGAGCAACGGGAGCGACAGCAGUGUACCCUAUAGACCUGGUGAAGACGCGGAUGCAGAACCAGCGCUCCACUGGCUCCUUUGUAGGAGAGCUUAUGUACAAGAACAGCUUCGACUGCGCCAAGAAAGUCCUACGUUACGAGGGCUUCUUCGGCUUCUACAGAGGUCUCGUUCCCCAACUCAUUGGUGUGGCUCCAGAGAAAGCUAUCAAGCUCACUGUGAACGACUUUGUGAGAGAUAAAUUCACUGAAAAAGAUGGUUUGAUCCCUCUCCCUGCUGAGAUUCUGGCUGGUGGAUGUGCCGGCGCCUCUCAGGUGAUUUUCACCAAUCCCCUUGAGAUUGUAAAGAUUCGUCUCCAGGUUGCCGGUGAGAUCACCACAGGUCCCAGAGUGAGCGCGCUCAGUGUGAUCCGAGACCUGGGUUUCUUCGGCCUCUAUAAGGGUGCGAAGGCUUGUUUCCUGCGUGAUAUUCCCUUUUCUGCAAUUUACUUCCCCGUGUAUGCUCACACUAAAUCAAUGCUCGCUGAUGAGGAAGGGAGACUCGGGCCGCUGCAGCUGCUCACUGCCGGAGCCAUCGCAGGAGUCCCGGCUGCCUCACUGGUCACCCCCGCUGAUGUCAUCAAAACGCGACUGCAGGUCGCGGCUCGUGCAGGACAGACCACCUACAACGGGGUAAUCGACUGUUUCCGUAAGAUCAUGAGAGAGGAGGGCUUCAGGGCUUUAUGGAAAGGAGCUGGAGCUCGUGUUUUCCGCUCAUCACCUCAGUUCGCUGUGACCCUGGUGACCUACGAACUCCUGCAGAGAUGGUUCUAUGUGGACUUCGGUGGACAUCGUCCGUCAGGUUCAGAGCCGACGCCGAAGUCUCGUAUCUCUGAGCUCCCCCCGGUGAACGCAGAGCACGUCGGAGGUUACCGGUUGGCCGCCGCUACGUUCGCUGGCGUCGAGAGCAAAUUCGGACUCCACCUUCCCAAAUUCAAAUCAUCCGGCGUGGUCAGCAUCCAGCCCUCUAAAGAGGCGGCUUCUUAAACAGGCCCCGCCCACUCGGGUCCUGUCCUCCAGAGGCUGUGUACGCGUGUCCGUCAUCCAGUCUGCUUUGCUCCUGUUUUUAGUUUCUGUUGUUGUUGUUGUUGUCGUUGUUGUGUGGUGGGGGAGACAAUGGGUUUUAUUU